AUGGGCAAUCUACUGAGUAAAUAUCGGUGUCUCUGCCACCGCCUGCAGCAACUCCACCGCGGCAGGCCUCUCAUUGGCCGGCGCCCGCCUGGACAACCUCGUGUCCACCCCGCUGGGCCUGGCCGGGUGCCCCCAGCCGCUCCGGCCCCUGCCAGCCCGCCGGCUCCCAGGAGCUUCCACCGGCAGCGCUCGCCAUCACCACCGGGCAUCAACAUCGCGCCCCCAAGGCGAUGCACCAUCACGCCUGCCGUGUGCUCCGGUGUGGGGAGGCUCCCCCCCGCAUCAUGGGGGAACCCCCCCAAGAAGCCUGUGCUCUCGGCUCGCAAUUCAAUGACAUUUGGGCGCUGUAGAGCCAGAAUUAUUCCUGCCAUUCGUGGCAAAUGUCAUCUCUCCUCCUUACCAUUCAAACUAGACCCUGAGUGGAAGAGAGGAGACACCUCCAGUCACCCGUGCCCAAGACCUGCCCGGGAGGAUACGGAGGUGAAGGUGGAAGAACCACCGAACAUCGCAGAGGAGGAGGACGUGUCCACACCACCCGGAGAACCGUCCAGUGAGGCCUCUGCGAUGCCUGCCCCCAGCUCCCCGGGAGACCUCGCAGGGGAGGCUGUGCCUCCGAAGAGGCCAGAGGAGGGGGCAGCCACAUCCUGUAGGCCAGCCCCAGGUGGCUUCCCGCCACCGGAAGAGCUGGCUGAAGACCAUCCACCAGUCUCAUCAACAUCUCGAGACGUAAAGGCUGAAGACCAUCCACCAGUCUCAUCAACAUCUCGAGACGUAAAGGCUGAAGACCAUCCACCAGUCUCACCAGCAUCUCGACACGUAAAGGCUGAAGACCAUCCACCAGUCUCACCAGCAUCUCGAGACGUGAAGGGCAGAAAGUCCUCGAGCCAGUUGAGUUCCACUCCACCGGACUCUGGCCGCUCAAGGGCCUGCAAGCACAAAAGGCCCAUGCCACUGCCCAGGCCAAGUCUUCCGUGGGAGAGAGCUUAUCCACCGCAGGCAGCAAAUCUUGAUAGAGAAGGAGGCCGCAUGAUCCUUCAUUCACCUCGUGUGGCUAUUGACAGCUGUAUUCCCAUCAGCUGUCAUCCAGUGUGGAAGAUCCCUCUGGUUCAUACAGAUUCCAUCGUCGUGACGACAUCGCGUAUAUCACACACCCCCAUGCCCCUGAGCCCCCCAACCUCUCUCCAGCCCCCCGUCUCUAAAAACCAAUCCCCAACCCCUAUGUGUGUAGAUUCUCCCCUUCCCAGUGUCCUAGCUUCCCCUGCCCCAGCCCCUCCUACCCAGGCCCUUGUUUCCGCUGUCCAGCCCGCCACUCCCUCAACCUCUCUCCUGCCCCCCGUCUCUAAAAACCAAUCCCCAACCCCUAUGUGUGUAGAUUCUCCCCUUCCCAGUGUCCUCGCUUCCCCUGCCCUAGCCCCUCCUACCCAGGCCCUUGUUUCCGCUGUCCAGCCCGCCACUCCCUCAACCUCUCUCCAGCCCCCCGUCUCUAAAAACCAAUCCCCAACCCCUAUGUGUGUAGAUUCUCCCCUUCCCAGUGUCCUCGCUUCCCCUGCCCCAGCCCCUCCUACCCAGGCCCUUGUUUCCGCUGUCCAGCCCGCCACUCCCUCAACCUCUCUCCAGCCCCCCGUCUCUAAAAACCAAUCCCCAACCCCUAUGUGUGUAGAUUCUCCCCUUCCCAGUGUCCUCGCUUCCCCUGCCCCAGCCCCUCCUACCCCGUCCCUGACCUCGGCUGGCCAGCCCACCAGGCCUCUGGCUGCCCCUCCCACCCUUAAAGCCCAGCGACCAGCACCAGCUGUUCCAGCUGCACCAGCUGUGUCAGAUAACAACGUCAGUGCCAUGGACACAACUUCUCCGUCGCUGGCGCUUAUCACAGACACAGACUGCACCAAGCGGGCGCUGGUAGAUCAUAAUGUCAUGGAACAUUUUCUUACCAGACACCAGCUGUCCGAGGAUGAGUGA